UUGUAGUUUUUCUAACGCGUUUUAUUCGUGUUUGUAGUUCUGGACCGAAUCCUUCGCCAAAGCGCAAUGGAUUGUGGGCAAUUUUAGCCAUUAGUGUGCGCACGGAUUCACAAAAAUCGACCUGAAAUAGUAGACCAUCCGGGACUUUUGGCAUACUCUUUUCAACAUACUAUGCUUUGGGACACACUUAUUGUAGUCUCACAUACUAUUUAGGAUGGAUAGUAUGAACAUUGGGACGCAGGGUAAUUCAGUACAGAACUUAUAGGAUGUUGCGCAUGCGCGCCUGAACGAGUCACUCCCGAAACGACUCGUUCUUCAAGAGUCACAUUAAAGAUUCGUUCAAAAUGAACGACUCAUUCCAUCACUGUUCUUCACUCCGAGGCGAAACCGAAAGUCAACUCGAGAGGAAAAUGCGGAAGUUUUGAAGACUUAAUUACUUUUCAUAAACAUCCCAUUAAGGUCUGAAGUCAGUUUGUCAUUAUGGAGAGCAGAGAGAGAUCUCCAUCUCCCGAUCACAGCUGUGUGUCUCUGAAGAGUGACAGAUCUAUGGGUCCUCCUCCUAAAUUCAGUGUUGAUCCAGUGACCUUUGACCCCAGAGUUUACAGCAAGAUUUACUUUGAUCACCCGGACUUCAUCAAGCUAAAAUACUCUCCUUUGGAACUUUUUCAGUAUGAACACUCUGCGCCUCCUGCUACAUGUGUUCUGGAUACACUGCGCUCACUACAUCUCCUCCGUCGGCCAAAAUAUGUUCAUCAAGGCUCCCGCCGGAAUUUGCAAGCAAGCGGUGCUGGUAUAACGUCAGUUUGGACUCAGAGGCACUUGGAUUGUCAUCAUCUAUCUCCACGUCGUGUUUGUCCUGCGAACUUCUCCUACCUUCAGAAGUCUACUGCAUCCAGUGGAGGUGUCUUCCUUGACACAAUCAGAAGCAAUAGAGAUGAUCAGACUGGAGACCUGGAUUCUCCUCAACCAGUGAAUGAUGAAAUACAGAGAGUCAAAGAGCAGCUUAAAACCAGCAUUAAGAACAAGUAUGAGAGAUUAUUUGAGGGACUGAAACUCCAGGAGAAUGAAACCCUCCUGAACAGGAUCUACACACAGCUCUACAUCAUAGAGGGAGAGAGUGAAGGAGUGAAUGAAGAACAUGAGGUUUUACAGAUGGAGAAAAUAGCCAGAACACAACACUCACAACACACGCCAAUCUACUGCAAUGACAUCUUUAAAGCCUCACCUGAACCAGGAUGUGAGGAGAAAGACCAGAUCAAGACUGUUCUUACUAAAGGCAUCGCUGGAAUCGGAAAAACCGUCUCUGUGCAGAAGUUUAUUCUGGACUGGGCCGAGGGAAAAGCCAAUCAGGAUGUAGAUUUCAUGUUUGUGCUUCCAUUUCGAGAGCUGAACUUGAUCCAAGAUCAUCAGUACAGUCUUCACAGACUUCUGCUGGACUUUCAUCCUGAACUUCAAGAUCUGGACUCAAAGAUUUAUGAGGAGUGUAAAGUUGUGUUCAUCUUUGAUGGUCUGGAUGAAAGCAGAAUCACACUGAUGUUUUCAGACGAUCAGAAAGUUUGUGAUGUGAAUGAGACUUCAUCAGUGAGUGUGUUGAUAUCAAAGCUCAUGAAAGGAGAGCUGCUUCCCUCUGCUCUCAUCUGGAUCACCUCCAGACCAGCAGCAGUCAGUCAGGUCCCCUCCAAAUACAUCAACCAUCUGACUGAAAUUCAGGGAUUCGAUGAGCCCCAGAAGGAGGAAUAUUUCAGGAAGAGAAUCAGUGACCAGCAUCAAGCCAGCAGAAUCAUCUCACACAUCAGAGGAGCAAGAAGCCUCCACAUCAUGUGCCACAUCCCCGUCUUCUGCUGGAUCUCAUCCACUGUGCUUCAGAAGAUCCUGAAAGAAGAUCUGAGUGCAGAAAUCCCUCAAACUCUGACUGAAAUGUACAUCCACUUCCUGCUGAUUCAGAUCAACAUGAGAAACCAGAAGUAUGAAGAGAGAGAUCCAGAGAAACUCCUGCGGGCCAACAGAGAAGUGAUUAUGAAACUUGCUGAAGUGGCUUUCAAACAGCUGAUGAAGGGCAAUGUGAUGUUCUAUGAGGAGGACCUGAUUGAGAGCGGCAUAGACGUCACUGACGCCUCAGUGUAUUCUGGGAUUUGCACUGAGAUCUUUAAGGAGGAAUCUGUGAUUCAUCAGAGGAAAGUCUACAGCUUCAUUCAUCUGAGCGUUCAGGAGUUUCUCGCUGCUUUCUAUGUGUUUUACUGCUAUUUAACAGAGAACAAGGAGCCACUGCGUGAAUUUAUAUUUUACAGCUUUGAUAAAAUCUCUCUGUAUGAUCUACUGUCAUCAGCGGUAGAAAAAGCCCUUAAGAGUAAGAAUGGACAGCUGGAUCUGUUCCUGCGGUUCCUGCUGGGCGUCUCACUGGAGUCCAAUCAGAGACUCUUACAGGAUCUACUGACACACACAGAGAACAGCUCAGAGAGCAUCAGAGAAACCACACAGGACAUUAAAGCCAAGAUCAAAGGUAGAUAUCAUCAUCUCUCAGCUGGUCAGUCCAUCAAUCUGUUCCUCUGUCUGCUGGAAGUGAAAGAUCAGACUCUGUCCAGAGAGAUUCAGGAGUUUGUAAAAUCAGACAAACACUCAGAGAAGAAACUAUCUCCUGCUCACAGCUCAACAAUCGCCUACAUUCUUCAGAUGUCAGAGGAGCCGCUGGAUGAGCUGGACCUCAAGAAAUACAACACAUCAUAUGAGGGGAGAAGAAGACUGAUACCAGCUGUGAUCAACUGCAGAAAAGCCCUAUUUUCUGACUGUGAUCUCUCAGAUCAGCAUUGUGAAAUUGUGUCUUCAGCUCUACAAUCCUCAAACUGUGUCCUGAGAGAGCUGGAUCUGAGUAACAAUCAUCUGCAGGACUCUGGUGUGAAGUUGAUUUCUGAUGGACUGAGUCCAAACCAUCAGCUGCAGAUACUGAGGCUUGCUGUCUGUAAUCUCACUGCUCAGUGUUGUGAGAGUUUGUCAUCAGCUCUACAAUCCUCAAACUCUGUCCUGAGAGAGCUGGAUCUGAGUAACAAUGACCUGCAGGACUCUGGUGUAAAGAUUAUUUCUGAUGGACUGAAGAGUACAAACUGUCAGCUGCAGUUACUGAGGCUUGCUGGUUGUAAUCUCACUGCUCAGUGUUGUGAGAGUUUGUCAUCAGCUCUACAAUCCUCAAACUCUGUCCAGAGAGAGCUGGAUCUGAGUAACAAUGACCUGCAGGACUCUGGUGUAAAGAUUAUUUCUGAUGGACUGAAGAGUACAAACUGUCAACUACAGAUACUGAAGUUGUCUGGCUGUAUGGUGUCAGAGGAAGGCUGUGGUUAUUUGUCUUCAGCUCUGAGUUCAAACCCCUCACAUCUGAGAGAGCUGGAUCUGAGCUACAAUCACCCAGGACAAUCAGGAGUCCUGCUGCUCAAACACAAAUUGCAGGAUCCAAACUAUAAACUGCAGAUAUUUAAUGUGGAUCAUGGAGGAGAGAUCAUGAUGACAGCAGGACUGCGAAAGUAUGCCUGUGAUCUCACACUGGAUCCAAACACAGCAAACACUCAACUCAUUCUGUCUGAUGAGAACAGGAAGCUCACACGUGUGUUUGAGGAUCAGCCGUAUCCUGAUCAUCCAGAGAGAUUUGUUGAGGUUCCUCAGGUUCUGUGUGUUGAGAGUCUGACUGGACGCUGUUACUGGGAGGCUGAAUGGAGCGGAGAUAAGGCUGAAAUAUCAGUGUCAUAUAAAGGAAUCAGCAGGAAAGGAUGGAGUGAAUUUGGAUUCAGUGACAAAUCCUGGAGUCUGACCUGUUCUGGUAACAGAUUGACUGUCCUUCACAAUAAUAACAGAACUGAUAUAUCGGCCAUCCGUUCAUCCUCUAAUAGAGCAGGAGUGUAUGUGGAUGUAUCGACUGGCUCUCUGUCAUUCUACAACGUCUCUGACACACACACACUCACACACUUACACACAUUCAAGACCACAUUCACUGAACCCAUCUGUGCUGGGUUUAGACUUUAUCCUGAUUGCUCAGUGUCUCUGUGUGAUAUUAAACGAUAGAGAGACUCUGUAAAUCCUCUUUCUGAUGUUCACAUGCACACAAACUCAUCAAAUCUCACAUCAUGUGUCAUGCCUGGUUUUGGGGUUUGUUUCAUGUUCUUGUUUUCAUAUCUUUUAUUUUGUAAUUUGAUUCAUGCCAUUUGAUUCGUGUCAUGCUUCCCUUGCCCUCAUGUAUUUCUUCCUUGUGUAUUUGUCAUGUUGUGAUUGGUUGUUCUAGUUAUGUCUUGUUACUCAUUGGUUAUUGUCCUGUCAUGUGGUUCUCAAUUUUGUUUGCUCAUUGGUUGAUUCUUGUCAUGUGACCCUUGGUGUUUGCUGUAAGUAGACCUCAUGUUGCCAUUAGGCUUGUUUGAGAUGAACUAUACUAGCCUGUCACUGAGUAGUCGCUUGCAGUUGGGAAGGAAUUAAAAGUGGAGAUGUCAAGUCGGAGACUUUCGGCUGGUCUCGUUUUGCUCUCGCGGUACUUUGAUGGCACAUGUGCUCGUAAGGCAGCUGCAGCACCGGUCGAAGUCGGUCUUUGUUUCUAAAUCUCUGAUGUGAACUGGUGACCGUAUGAAUGUGAUUGACAUCAGCAGAAUGAAACACAGAGGCUGAAUUGACUCCGAAUGAAUCCGUCUCCUGAUCGUCUGCUUUAUUAUUCUGUCUGCGCUGAUUUAACACUCAGUUCACUAAAUGAAUUCUGUACAAACACUCACAGUAUCGCUGCUAAACACCGUUGAUCUCGCUGUAAUUCCAGUCUUUCAGAAGCUUCAGAGCUUCAAUCUGCUGCUUGAUCACUAGAAAAUCUUCAUCAGUAUCUCUUCUUCUGAAAUGAUUGUCUUUUCUGCUUUAUUAGGUCUCCACGAGCACAACAGCUUUAUAUGACAGGAGCCUCAGCUCUCACUCCGAUAUCUUUGAGUAAACAACAGGCCAAAGUAAAGCUGAUAUCUGCAUGUGUUCAUUUAAUUAUCUUUCUGUCUGGGCAGCAGUAGUACUUUUUAAAAGGACAAAAUAGUAAUCAAAGAUAAGGUUAUUGGGCCCCGAGAGCCAAAGCAGUGUGACGGAGGACAUUUCUAUACAUUUUUUAAAAUAUAUUUCAUCAGCUGAGCCCAGUUGGAUAUGAAUAUUAAAUAUAUAAGAUAAUAUGUAUAACAGGCUAUUAUUGUUUUUACAUUAGGUAGCUUAUGUAUGGCAGAUUAAAUUAUGUAAGAUAUAAUGAAUGAUCAGAGAUACUGUAUGGGUGUUCAGGGUUUUAUUAUUUAUAUUAAGAUGUCAGAUCAUGUGUUUAAUCUAAUAUCAUUUUUCUAUUGAGAUAUAUCUUAUGUAUGGCAGAAGGCUUUGAAUGAUCAAAGUUACUUUUGCUUAAAAAUAUCUACUAAAAACAAAGCAAUAAUAGACAAUUAAAACACUAUUAUCCUGAGCAGGAAAAAAAAAAAUUGUACAAUUGAUAAAUGUCAGUGAAUUCACGCAGUCACAGCCUCCACUGUCACCACAGUCAUCAGCCACCACUCACACCAGAUCACACUCACCUGAAUUCUGAUCACCUGCACCUGCUGCCUCCAAUCAAGCCACCUUUAAGAACACACUUCACUUAAUCACUCAUCUAGAAUGGUAUCUGACUCCUGUGUGUAUACUUACCUUUAGAUCUCCAGAUGAUUCUCCAACGUUGAUCUCCCCCAUCCCUGGACACCCGAUCACCAGCGAUCCGGCAAUGAAACCGUAUAUCAGUAAAUAGCUAAGAACUCGAGAACUAAACACAGUGUUUGAUACUCACCUGCCUCUGUUCAUCUUGAUCUGCUACCUCAAGUCUGUUAAUCUUCCUUAAGCGUAAAGGAGCAACCGUUGAUAAAGUGCAAGAAAAGAGAGAGUCCAUAGUUUCUGUUACAUCAAGUUAUUCUGAGCUAUUGGAUAUGAGAAGUCAGGAAGAUUAUUUAUAAAGCAGUCUUUUGUGGUAGAAGUGUUGGUUCUACCAUAUUUGUAACAAGGAAUUGGCGUUACAGCUUUAGCUAUAUGGAAUAUAUAGGAGACUAGAUAAUGAUCUGAGAUAUCUUUGCUCUGCUGCAAAAUUUCAAUGCCACUGACAUCAAUUCCAUGUGACAGUAUUAAAUCUAGAGUAUGAUUUCGACAAUGAGUAGGUCCUGACACGUGUUGUUAAACACCAAUAGAGUUUAGAAUGUCUAUAAAUGCUGAUCCCGACUGUUGUUGAAAAAUGAAAUGUUUUUCAUUAUCAACAUGGGUAUUAAAAUCACCAACAAUUAGGACUUUAUCUGCAGCCAGCACUGACUCCGAUAGAAGAUCAGCAAAUUCUUUAAUAAAGUCUGUAUGGUGGCCUGUAUACAGUAGCCAGUACAAACAUCACAGGGGAUUUUUCACUGAUUUAUUUUAGUUCAGAUCAAAGCGUAAAUACACGUAUAAUAGCGCAUCCUUGUGUUGCAGCUGAUACA